AUGCCUGCACAAGGCGAAAGAGAUGAGGCUCUAGGACAACUGGACCUCGUCCUCAACCAACUGCGCCCGCUGGGCCAUAUCCCACUCUACAAGGAGCUCUAUGAGGCAGAGCUGGCGAGAAAGCAGGUGUUGGAGAAGGUGAGGGCUAAGGCCGCGGGUCAGGGGGAGAGCCAGAAGGAGCUGGUGGUGGAAGAGAAGGAGACUCCCGUGGAAGAGGAUAAGAGUGAACCAAUGCCAGAACCCGAACUCGAGCCUGAGCCCGAACCACUCAAGGCUGUCACCAGCGAAACCAUCGAAGCUAUCCUCUCCCAACCAGCCGACAAGUUCAAAGCAGACUUCCGGAUGUCUAGAGGAGAUAUGCAGAGGGAAGUGUUCGGAAAGUUUGCCCUGCAUACGGUGUUUGAGUCCGACGACGUCAAGGAGCAGGGGAAAGCAGAGUAUCAGCUGGCUGUCUGCAUCUACAGACUCGCCCAGCCGCCGAGUGUGACGUUGAAGAGUAUCGCAGACAAGUUUGAGAUCAGCCCCGAGUAUGUCCAAGAAUGGAUCAAUCGUUCCCUCACUGUUCUCCUCUCCUUCCAAACCUCCUACAUCUCCUGGCCCCUGCCGCCAGAGCGUAUCCUCAUCUCCCAAGCCAUCUCCUCCAAGCAUACCCUUCCCGACUGUGUCGGCUUCCUAGACGGUUUCCAUAUCCGUCUCCAGCGCGGUGCCCAACCCAACAUUCCAUUACCCGAAUGGCACCCCGACAACCGUAUAGGUCUCAACGUCCUCGGCGUUGCAGACAAUGAGGGCAGGAUCAGAUGGGUGGACCUUGGCUACUCGAGUGAUCCCAAGGCGGACGUGAGCCAGCUGGAUAGAAUGCCUUGGAACGUCAAGGAUAACGAAAGAAGGUGGUUUGACUCGAAGCAAGUGGUGAUUGCGGACAAGGGGUUCAGGCGCAGGGAGAGGGUGUUGUCGUUGUAUGAUAUAGGGGCAGCGAGUUUUAUCGAAAAGACGGAUGGGGAGGCAAUCCUUGCUGAUCAACGAUCGUUCAACUCGCGCGCUUCCUUGCCCCUGCAUGAGACUGUUCAGCUUGCCUGGGGCCGCCUCAAGGGCCGUUUCCAGUAUUUCAGCGAGGCCGUCAUCCCUGACGGCGAGCAGGAGCGACCACGGGAUAUGGUCGCGGCUGCCAUCAUGCUGCAUAAUAUGCUGUUGAAGAAUGUAGGAGAGUUUGUAUCGACGCAAGAGGCAGAAAAAUUGGUACAGAAUGAGAGGUACGCGGAAAAAUGGGUCAGAGAUUAG